AUGAAUGUUUCGGCCAGCCCUAGACCGUUAAGAUGUACGAUCCAGGUAGGGAAUUCUGGAAUAAAAAAUUAAAAGAGUAAAAGAAUGUAAAAAUCAAACUUGGAUCUAUUAUUAUACUUCUCGCGUGUUCCGUAUAUGCCUUAAGAAUUUCCGCAAGCAAUAAUUAUGACUUUUUGGGGACUGAAGCCAUUCAAAAGCUUGAUGUCAUAAGAUAAUCAUUGAGAGCUUCAAAAAUAUGAUCUUUUGAUUCCCUUAGUUGCAAAUUUUUUUGAGCUUUGAAAAAAAAAAAUUAAAAAAAGUACAAAAAUUGAUAUUUCUCCCACUUUUAAUGGCAACGAAGCUUGAUCAAAAAACUCUUCUCUCUGAAAAAAAUUAAUGAAAUUUUUUUAGUUUGUGAUGAAAUCCCCAAUGCUCCGGCCAACGCUCUACAUCCCCGUCGAGAAGUUCAACAAUAUGAAUGACUAUGUCAGGAUUGUUCAAAACGCCCCAUGUCAGAAUGUAUUGACGUGAGUCAUGGACAUCAGCUUUUCCUCAGGAUUUUCUCAGGCUGAGUCAAAACUCCACCCGCGAACCAGCAUAUGACAUUUGUCCCACAGACUUCUCCAUUGAGUUAUCACUCACGGGUGUUUUCGACGACCUCAUGAUCGAGAUGAUUAAAAGUGAGACAAGAAUCUUAGAAAACAACGUAAAUCAUUUUACAGUAACUGCCAAAAGAACUCGAACCUUUCCCGUCGGUCCCUACUUAGCCAACUUGAUCUACACAAAAGAUUUAUUGCCACUAGACAGAAUAAACUUCAAUUCCUCAUCCGGAUUGCCUUUAACGAUUCGUCCAAUUUCCUUCAACUCUUCUGAAAAGUCCUCGAUGGACCAGGUCUUUUUCUACAGUGGUGACAUUUUCAUGGGAAGGUGUAGAAUGUAUCAAAAACCAGUUUAAUGGGAAUUUCAGUCUUCUGAGUUUGCAAAUGUCAAAUUCAACCCUUUCUGCGAUGAAUUUGGCUCUGGUAACACCAUUGUACUAUGUGGCUUGGCACUGGCCUGAUUUCGCCGUCAUGGUUUCACAGCUACCGGGUAUGAAUGCUUCUUGAUUUCGAUUUGCACAAAACUCUUCCCUAAAAAAAUCGAGUCACAAAACUUUUAGAAAUCAAUAUUCUUGAUAAGAUCAUGAAAAAUUGGCAGUCCCAAUUUUAGAAUUGAAAAUUGACAUACCCAAACUUUUACAGGAACAAAAUUGGCAGUCCCAAAUUUUUGACAAUUUUUUUUAAUUUAAAAAUUGGCAGUCCCAAAUUUAGAAAUGAAAAAUGGCAUACCCAAACUUUCAGAAUCAAAAUUGGCAGUCCCAAGUUUCGAGUUGGAAUUUGGCAGUCCCAAAUUUAGAAAUGAAAAUUGGCAGUCCCAAGUUUCGAGUUGGAAUUUGGCAGUCCCAAAUUUAGAAAUGAAAAUUGGCAGUCCCAAGUUUCGAGUUGGAAUUUGGCAGUCCCAAAUUUAGAAAUGAAAAUUGGCAGUCCCAAGUUUCGAGUUGGAAUUUGGCAGUCCCAAAGUUUGAAUUGAAAAUUGGCAGUCCCAAGUUUCGAGUUGGAAUUUGGCAGUCCCAAAUUUCGAAUUGAAAAUUAGCAUACCCAAACUCUGACAAGAGCAAAAUUGGCAGUCCCAAGAUUUGAAUCAAAAAUUGGCAUACCCAAACUUUGAAUUGAAAAUUGGCAGUCCCAAAUUAAGAACAAAAAAUUGGCUGUCCCAAAUGCCGAAUCAAAAAUUGGCAGUCCCAAUUUGCCCAAGCAUCCUUCGCUUGUAACUUUUUCUUUUCAAAAGUUCAUUCCAGAUAUAUUUAUCUAAGAAUCCUCCUCUAAUUGUACUUCCAGGAUUCCUCGGAACCAACUCCUACCAAUCAAUACCUGUGAACUCUGAAGGGACGACUCAAGUGCAAAAUUUCACUGCAGGCAACUACUAUAUUAUAGAUCAGGACUACUCAGCCGAAAACAGUAAUACUCUUACCAACUUCACUUUUGUAAGUAAUUUGAUUUCGAGAAAAGUUUUGAGAAGAAUCUUCCAGGAUUCAAACAACACGAAGCUGACAAUCUACGCCGGUUGCGUCGUCAACCCAUUCGAAGGCUUGAAAGUCGUUACAAUCACGUUUGUUUUAAAAUUUUGCUUUUUUUUAAAAUUCCAUAAAAAUUUUCAGAAACGAUACAGUGAAAAACUUCACUCGAGUUGUGGUCAAAUCCACCUGUCGGACUUACGUCGUAGAACAGGGGACAGUUUCGAUGGCUACAACCUUCGACAAUUUGUUUUAUGGUAUUGAAAUUUAUGAAAAAUUACGAUAUCAGUUUUGGAAACGGUUGUGUUUCAUGGGUACUGUCAAAAAGAGCAUUUGCAAAAAGUUCAUGUGAACAAGUUAAAAAGUUUCUUAACAAGCUUCUAGAAUUAAAAAAAAAUCAUAAAAAUUACAUUCGAAAUUUCAGAACCCAUCAAAAAAAAUUUCAGGACUAUCGUCACCAGCCAUAAAUGGAACUAUCGGAGCGAUCAUGACUUCUCUCAUGCCUACGCAAGCGGAAAACAACUCAUUUUGGAUCAAAGCCAGUGAUGGCUCGAAAAUAACCGUCUCCUACGACUUUCCCCUCUUCAAUAACGCUUCAACAGAUGGUCUCACGUUCAAAGUUGACGACGGCUCAACGCAAAAUUUGAUGUAA